AUGACAAAGAAAGAUAAAUUAGUGCCGAUUGGAGAAAGAUGGCCCUCUCAAAACUUUGGAGAAGAAAAUCCUAAAAAUAAUGUAGUUGAAGUAAUGACAGCUGGCCAUCAAUGCGAUGAAAAUAUGCGUGUACUUGUAGAAAUUAAUGGGCAAAAAUUAGUUUGUCUUUUGGAUACAGGAGCUCAUAUGUCUCUAGUUGGUAAUAAAACAGCUAAAAGAUUAGGGAUUACAGACUUAUAUCAACCAGAUUACAGCGGAGUUAUAGGAAUUGGAAAUAAAUGGUUAAUGAUGUGUUGA